AUGGACCCCUCCGUUUUUACCGAGGUGGUCAUAGUACUCCUCAUGGCAGGUCUCAGUGAUGCCCCGUUCAUGCAGUCACUGGCUGUUCCAGCUGUAUGCUCGUUGAUUGCGUAUCUAGCAUACUUUUCGCAAUAUCUGCUCCAGACAUCUUCGCUUGAACCAGGGCCGCCGUCCCGAAAGGAAACCAUUGUAUUCAAUUUUUGUCUCGUUUUCCUUUGGUACGCAUAUUUCAAAGCAGUGACCGAGGACCCGGGACGAUACGUCUUCCCGCUCAAGCGAGCUGAAGAAACUGGAGGGAAUUGGUGCAAGAAGUGUGCGGCGCCUAAACCCGCAAGAGCACAUCAUUGCCGACAUUGCGGACGUUGCAUUCCCAAAAUGGAUCACCACUGUCCGUGGACUGCGAACUGUGUCUCGAUGACAACCUUUCCGCAUUUCCUACGUUUCCUAGUGUUUGCCAAUGUUUCACUCUGGAUACUCGGAUUCCUUCUCUGGCAGAGAUUCCACUCUCUGUGGGAAGCACGUCACUUGCCGGCAUAUCUAGGCCCAACCCUGCCUGCGCUCAUAGGUCUUGCCGUCACAUCACUCAUCUGUUUCUUCACAUCCCUCGCACUCGGUAUCAUGCUGGCAACAACGGCCAAGAGCUGGCUGUUCAAUUGCACCAUGAUUGAAGGCUGGCAGUUGGAGCGCCAUGAAGCCGUGCUAGAUCGUGGGGGCCGAGAUUGGUGGGACUUUAAUGGUCCAGACGGAAUGAAGAUCAGGUUCGAAAGAGUCGAGUUCCCAUAUGAUCUUGGGAUUUGGGCCAACAUGUCUCAAGCAAUGGGGACUUCUAAUUUUUUACUCUGGCUUUGCCCCUUCGCCGGCAACCCCAAAGUUGGACAAGAUGGAAAAGGCACUGGCUGGGAGUGGGAGGAAAAUGGAUUUAACCCUAGAGAGGGAAUGUGGCCACCCCUGGACCCGGAGAAAAUACAGAGGGCAGAUAGGCAAUGGCCAGCUGCUCGCAGAGACUAUGCGGCAGAAAUGAGAGAUGUAGAGCCGUCCUCUGCGGAGCAAAUAUGUGCCUUUAGGGAACGACAGCUCAUGGACACUUUGAGACCAAAAACGCUCCUCGCAGAACUUGAGGAAGAUGAAUCCUACGGCCUGCCGUACGCGGAAGAGGACGAAUUUCAUCGAGACGACUGGAGAGAUUGGAGGAAUGACGAUGGUGAAUAUUUGACGGAUUAUGGAGUUGAUGAGGAGGCUGAAGACUUCUGCACAGCACCGAUUCAUCAGGACGAUGUGCCUCUCGCAGAAUUUUUGCGUCGACGGAAACAUGGCCACAAUGGUGAGAUAGACUAA